GCGAACUGCUCCUCAGCCUUUUCCUCAGCAUUUGAUAUGAUCGUGUUCAUCUGUGCACACAAAUUCAAGAAUAAACUUUACAUGUCACGAUGCAUUAUUCCUUAAAUCCUAGAUUAAUUCCGAUCGUUUUAAUUUUGUGUAGUUCACUUUUUCUCAGAUUGCUUCCAGGAUUAGUCAUAGGGGCAGUUGUUACAUUGGAUUCUAUUGAAAUAUAUAAGAAACAUGAAUUAUUCGGAUCGAAACCAACAGUGUUUUUCCAGUGUAAAAGGGAAAACAAGACAAUUUUGCCAGAUGUUAAGAAAAAACAUGUCUUGUAUAUCUUCAAGGGUGAAGAGUCUUGGCAGCCUUUGACAGAGCUUACAGAUAAAAAGUGCAAACGAUGCGGGUUCUAUGAGAAGGACUCAAUAAAGCCUGACGAUACUUUUGAUGAGUGGGAGUUAUGUGCUUCUGAUUUUACUAGUCCACAUGGGAAGUAUACUCGUUACUUAAAGAAAGAGUUCAAAGCCACAUUUUUGUGUCCAGAGUGUGUCCCUCAUCGCGAUGCUUCAAAUCACUCAUCUGGCUCACCAAAAGGCGAAAAGAGAAUGCACUGGGCUUUUCUGCUUCUCAUCUGUGGUUUAGUGUCGAUUGUUUUAAUUCUUGGAGCAGUUACCACCUACAAAUGUUGGAAGCGAAAAAAGAGGCAGCACGAGCAAGCUCGCUUCUUGAAGCUGUUUGAAGAGGACGAUGACAUAGAGGACGAAUUAGGCAUUGGGCCACUUAGUCAUGUUAUGUAGGAAACUAGCUUCUUUUUUCACGUCUCAACAUACGUGUACAUUUUUGACAUUGUUGUAUAGAAGAACUUAAACGGGUAAAAGUUGUAUCAAAUCUUUUUAUUGCAAGAGAAUGUAGCAGAUUUAGGUAGUACCACGAGCUUGGAAGUUCAUAUGACAAAUAUUUGAGAUUUAUGAGGCUUCUUAGACUUUCUGAAAAGAAGUUUUUAUUUUUUACUACCUAGUCAGUAGUCAUAUGCAACUUUCGUUUCACUACUAUUCCCUUUCCUCAGGAUUUAGUGGUUACAAGGUUAUGUUAUCAAAUUCUACUUGUAUUGGUGACUAGAAGAUUAUCGCAAGAUAUGUAUUUCUACUGGUUUUCGGCUUCUCAAGGAGAUCUAU